AUAUAAAAAAAUUUUUCUUUCAGUUCUGUAAUGAUUAAAUCCUUUUAUUUGUAUUGUGAUACGUAGUUUAUACCUAUGUAUUGUAUGGAAUAAGAAAAGAGUAGAGACGCGAAGCGAGAAGAAGAAAGGAGGAAUAGAUGAUAUUGGCUAACAAACCACUAAUGGAAAAGCGACGGCGAGCUAGAAUCAAUCAGUCGUUGGCGGCGCUGAAAGCGCUCAUCCUUGACAGCGCCCGGCUGGAGAACACGAAGCAUAGCAAACUUGAAAAAGCUGACAUUUUAGAGUUAACAGUACGGCAUUUACAAAGGCAAAGAUCUCUUGCUCAGCCCGGUUUAUCGAGAUACAAGGCUGGCUAUCAAGAUUGUUCCAGAGAGGUAAGUCGAUAUCUCGACGCCCCGGACAUAAUUACGGGGAACACGACACCGAUGGACCCUGCCGUGAAGCAAAGGCUACUACGACAUUUGGAUAGUUGCGUGUCAGAAUUAGACUUGGAUUUGGGUUCGAGGCCGGAUAGCGGAUUAGGCAGCAGUCCCGGAAGCGUGACGGAUCGAGUGACAGGCUCGGGAAGUCCCGGUCCGCUGGAGCAUCAUGUGCCAUCGACUGCACACUGUAGUACAUCUUUGAAUCCGGUCGGUUUGAUAAAAGCCGAGAUCCCGGAUAUCGAGCCAGCUAGACCGGAUAGUAGCACUACCGCCGGCGACGAAAACAACAAUAAUAGCAACAGCAGUAGCAACGGCAACAGCCGGCCAACUUCUGCCUUCGGUCAGGCUAACACGACCAACCUUGAUUCACAUCAUCAUCAUCAUCAUCCACCUCCACCCCCUCCACCCGGUAUAUCGGUUAUCGAUCAGGCUUCCAGCUCGCAACAAAAUCCAAACAUGUUGUCAGUCGUGCAAGUGAUACCUUCCAGGCUACCCGACGGUCAGGUAGUUUUCCUGCUUCCUAGUCAUUACGUACAACUCGCGGCUGCCGCCGCGGCGAACGGUAUCAGUAUCGGGCCGAAUCCACCCACGGCCAUAUGGGCCGCGACUAACAUGUCUCUUCUCAAGGCUACGGAUAAACUCGCCGCGAAACGACCGCAUGAAGAUAUACAAGAAUGGCAGGACGCGGCCACUGUUGCCGUUAAUGCUGCUGCUGCUGCUGUUGCCGCGACCGUUGCCGCUGCCGCUACGUCCGGCAACGCUUCUGUUUCCGCUUCCAUUUCCGCUUCCGCCCCCGUUUCUACCUUCGCUACCAAUGCGAUCUCGGCCAUUGGUACAAAGCCAAGCAAAAGUCCAAGACUCGAGCAACCGGAACAACCGCUCGACUUCACGACUACCUCUAAGAAGCCAAAACCCAGCACGAGAUCAUCGGUUGCAGCUGUGGGCAACGUCGACCAUCAUCAACAGCAACAGCAGCAGCAACAACAACAACAGCAUCAUCAACAACAGCAGUUCGCAGGCCGUUCGGAAGGAUCGGUUCCGGAAGGCAGACCGUCCAGUCAUACGAGCAGUGAAUUCGUCACAGGAAUUCGUUCACCAUCUCCAAUCCCACAACAACCUUCGAAGGAUGAGGAAGGAAUGUGGAGGCCUUGGUAGAUUGUGAUUUAACAAUUUUCGCGGUUACAUGGAUUAUACGAAAAAAAAUGUGCGCAUUGUGUUAAAUGUGUUACGUGUAUUGUUACGUAUAACUGUAUCGAUGGACGAUGGAACGACGAAAUAUAUAUAUAUAUAUA